AUGGCUUUUUUCAUUUUACGGUGUGUGAUUCCUUCCUUAUAUUUGAUCAUCAUCAUGGUAGGACUUUUGGGCAAUGUUACUUUGGUGAAGAUUUUCAUUACCAAUAGUGCUAUGAGAAGUGUGCCAAAUAUCUUCAUCUCUAGCUUGGCUGCUGGGGACUUGUUGCUGCUGGUGACCUGUGUGCCAGUGGAUGCUUUCAGAUUCUUCUUUGAGGAGUGGAUGCUUGGAGAAGUGUGCUGCAAGCUGAUCCCCUCCAUUCAACUUACCUCUGUGGGAGUAUCAGUGUUCACACUUACUGCUCUCAGCGCGGAUCGAUACAAAGCUAUCGUAAAUCCAAUGGACAUCCAAACAUCAAGUGCUGUUCUGUGGACGUGUAUAAAAGCUACAGCCAUCUGGAUCAUUUCAAUGCUUUUGGCAGUCCCUGAAGCCGUGUUUUCUGAAGUGGCACAUAUCAACGGAUCAGACAAUGUCAGCUUCACAGCUUGUAUCCCAUAUCCACAAAAUGAUGACAUGCAUCCAAAGAUCCAUUCUGUCCUUAUAUUCUUGGUUUACUAUCUUGUUCCACUGACUAUUAUAAGUGUUUACUAUUAUCAUAUUGCUAGGACUUUAAUUAAAAGUGCACACAACAUCCCUGGAGAAUAUAGCGAGCAUUCAAAACGACAGAUGGAAACGCGAAAACGUCUGGCAAAAAUCGUUCUGGUGUUUGUUGGCUGCUUUGCACUCUGCUGGUUUCCAAACCACGUCUUAUACAUGUACCGGUCUUUUAACUACAAUGAAAUUGAUCCUUCUUUAGGACAUAUGAUAAUAACAUUAGUGGCCCGUGUCUUAAGUUUUUCCAACUCAUGUGUAAACCCUUUUGCACUCUACCUACUAAGUGAGAGUUUCAGAAGACAUUUUAACAGCCAACUGUGCUGUCGUAAAAAGAAACACCACCAAAGGUCUACCAGCUACCUGCUUAAUUCAUCUAAUGUCCGAAUGACUUCUUUGAAGAGUAAUGUUAAGAAUACAGUGACCAGCACUUCUCUCCUCAAUGGUCAGAGUCGUCAAGAAGCAUCAUUAUGA